AUGGUUGUAAAUACAAUUACUAAAUAAACUUAAAUAGAAGGACAUUUUAUUUAUAUAAAAAAAGCAACUAGCAUUAUCAUCUAAUCAAACUCAUUCAACAAAUAUAUAGGUAAAUAAUGUGAUACUAAAUCAAUGGUAAAAUUUUUCCAUUCCAUAGAAUGA